CUCCUGUCUAGCGCAACCACAAGAGAGUUGGCCCAGCUCAGUCUAGAAGCUCAUUAAUCUAUUUGACCCUCCUGCGUCUGCAACUUUAUCGUCCUUGCGGCAUCCUCGACCCGCGUAAACUCUGUACAGCUCUUGCCUCAACUCUGACCUCUACUCGCUUUUGUUCAGAGCGCGUCUAUCAAACACACAGCGAUCACAAUGCGUCUCUCUGUCGUUGCUCUCCUCGCCACAUUGAGCUCUUUGGGUCUGGCGCAACUCGACCAGCUUCCCAAAUGCGCUCAAACAUGCUUUGGCAACAACUUGGGCGGCUGCAACGCUCUCGACUUCAAAUGUGUCUGCUCAAACUCAGCAUUGAUCGCUGGGCUUUCAUGCUGCGUUUCCCAAACCUGCACCCCGACAGAGCAAGAAUCAACCAUCAAGGUCGCUGUCCAGCUUUGUAACGCAUACCAAGUUUCUGUGCCGACAUCUGCAUCCUGCGCUGCCAGCCAGACUGGUGCCUCGACGGCCGCUCCGUCGGCCUCAGGGGCUAGCCGUAACGUGACCGCUGCCAUCACUUCUGGUGCCUCAGCUGCGUCUACCGGAGCGAAGACCUCAGUUUCAGGGGCUGCUGCUAGUGGGCCCCCUUCCCAGGCCGGGAGCACUGGGGCCGCUCCUCUUCAGACUGCUGGCGCAGGCUUGGUGGGCGUUGCCAUCGCUGGAUUAAUGGCGGCGCUGUAAACGGACGAUAGAAGCCAUGAGAAAAUAAUAGGAGAUAUAAGAUGUUGGUAUACUUGUUGCAUGAAUCUGGGAUCGGACACUAAAAUAGUUGAUGGUCAUCAACCGGAUGUUUUUCCUGGAGGUGAAACUUUUGUCACAGAGAGAAUGAGGAUAGAAGUAAUUGGAAGACGCUCCCCUUCUUAGUGCAUAUAUACACUACCGU